CUCAGUCAGUCGGAGGCUCCGUUAAGCGACGGCAGGUUCCUGUUUCCGUAUUUUCACCCCCCCCCACACCCGCAUCCGCGCGCCGGCGCCUCCUCAGAGCCGGCACCCGCAGCAGGAGAGGAGCCCGCGGGCGGGCGGUGCUGCUACUCAGGCCACUGUCAUUGUAAAAUCCAAGGAGAGAAGCAGAUACAUGUGACCCAGCUUCAUUACCUUCUAUAGAAGAAAAAAGGCACAGUUAAUUUCACCGACUGCUGGAGCAGAGGAAACAGUUAUUUCCCUAGAAGCCCAUCAUACAACUGUUUCUAUUUCCUACUGUCAUGGAGAAGUCUUGAACAUUAGCAGGAGAGAGAAAAGAAGACUUGAUCUGCCAUCUGCUGGUUGUCUGAAACGUAGUAAGAUGAAGGUUUUGUGCCACACGCUCAAAAAAGAAUAUAAAACGAAGAAGCACGUGAUACUAAAGCUUUCUACAUACAUCAUAAGGAUCUCUCUUAAAGAAUUGCUGUAGGACUAACACUGAUUAUAAUUUGUCUUAAGCAUAAUGUGGUGAAACAGAGGAACAGAAGUUGUCCAUCUUUGUGCAGACUAAGGAAUUACAAUGUUUAUUUUGUGAGCUAAAACAGUUUUGCAGUGAACUGAGCAUCUGAAAAUGCGGCCAUGGACUGGUUCCUGGCGUUGGAUUAUGCUCAUCCUCUUUGCCUGGGGGACCUUGCUAUUUUAUAUAGGCGGACACUUGGUACGAGACAAUGAACACCCAGAUCACUCCAGCCGUGAACUAUCCAAGAUACUUGCAAAGCUUGAACGUUUAAAACAGCAAAAUGAAGACUUAAGGCGGAUGGCAGAGUCUCUCAGGAUACCAGAUGGUCCCAUUGAUCAGGGGCCAGCUGCAGGAAGGGUACAUGCUUUAGAAGAGCAGCUUUUAAAGGCCAAAGAACAGAUAGAAAGCUAUAAGAAGCGAACAGGAGAUGCAGGCAUGGGGAAAGACCAUGAAAUAUUGAGAAGAAGGAUUGAAAAUGGAGCCAAGGAACUUUGGUUUUUUCUUCAGAGUGAAUUGAAGAAGUUGAAAAAUUUGGAAGGAAGUGAACUCCAAAGACAUGUUGAUGAAUUUCUAUCUGAUCUGGGUCACCAGGAAAGGUCGAUAAUGACAGAUCUGUACUACCUCAGUCAAACAGAUGGAGCAGGUGAUUGGCGAGAAAAAGAGGCCAAAGAUCUGACAGAGCUGGUACAGAGGAGAAUAACAUACCUUCAGAACCCCAAGGAUUGCAGCAAAGCCAAGAAACUUGUGUGUAAUAUCAACAAAGGCUGUGGCUAUGGCUGUCAACUUCAUCAUGUUGUCUACUGCUUCAUGAUUGCAUAUGGAACACAACGAACACUCAUUUUGGAGUCUCAGAAUUGGCGCUAUGCUACUGGUGGCUGGGAGACUGUCUUUAGACCUGUAAGUGAGACAUGCACAGACAGAUCAGGCACUACCACUGGACACUGGUCAGGUGAGGCAAAUGAUAAGAAUGUUCAGGUGGUGGAACUUCCCAUCGUUGACAGCCUACACCCACGACCACCUUAUUUGCCAUUGGCUGUCCCAGAAGACCUGGCUGAUAGACUAAUUCGCGUCCAUGGGGAUCCUGCAGUGUGGUGGGUCUCGCAGUUUGUCAAAUAUUUGAUUCGCCCACAACCAUGGCUAGAAAAGGAAAUCGAAGAAGCAACAAGGAAACUUGGUUUCAAGCAUCCAGUUAUUGGUGUUCAUGUCCGAAGGACAGACAAAGUGGGAACAGAGGCAGCAUUUCAUCCCAUUGAAGAGUACAUGGUACAUGUUGAAGAACGUUUCCAGCUUCUUGCCCGUAGAAUGCAUAUAGACAAAAAACGAGUUUAUUUGGCUACAGAUGACCCUUCGCUACUACAAGAGGCAAAAUCGAAAUAUCCAAAUUAUGAAUUUAUCAGUGAUAACUCCAUAUCUUGGUCAGCUGGACUUCAUAAUCGAUACACUGAAAACUCACUGCGGGGUGUUAUUCUGGAUAUCCACUUUCUGUCUCAGGCAGACUUCCUGGUCUGUACGUUUUCCUCACAGGUUUGUCGAGUUGCCUAUGAAAUCAUGCAGACUUUGCAUCCAGAUGCUUCAGCACAUUUCCACUCUUUGGAUGAUAUCUACUAUUUUGGAGGACAAAAUGCGCACAACCAGAUUGCCAUUUAUGCCCACCAUCCACGAACUGCUGAUGAAAUCCCCAUGGAACCUGAAGAUAUAAUUGGUGUGGCUGGAAACCACUGGGACGGUUACUCUAAAGGCAUCAAUAGGAAAUUAGGGAGAACAGGCCUGUACCCAUCUUACAAAGUAAAGGAGAAAAUCGAGACAGUCAAGUACCCUACAUACCCAGAGGCUGACAAAUAG